UAUUUAUGAUCUACAGGAUAGUAAGCACAUUAUUAACGUUGUCCCUGGCAUCAAACUGGUCACAAGUACUGCUAGGUACGUUCAGCCAAAGCUCUCGUAUCCUACAGUUACUGUUCCAGCUUGGCAUAUUACAUUCCUACUGCAGAGUAUAUUUUUGUUGCAUUUUGCAUAAAUUGCUCAUAUUUCUGUAAAACCAGCCAGGUGUACCUCAUCUUCUUUGCUGCUUUCAUCCCCCCGAACUGCUCGCAGACCUUCUGUGGAAGAUCCUUGCUCCUGCAGGUGUAAGGCACCUCCCGUUCGGUCAUCGUCACGUUUAGCUGGAUGACACUUGCGUUCAAAGCCUGGGUGAAAUUCUUCCCACAGAUUGCUUCCGGGUCAUUUCGUAUGGUUUGCAAAAUAUUGUAGAAAACGUGCAUGCAGCAACCUGCAUCCAGAGGUGGGCAUUCGGGUAUUUUCUUCACCAUUGCUCUGACUUGGAGGUCAGCAGUUAGCCAGCUUAAGGUUCUCGGUGUUACAGUGCUGCAUGCGUUCUGCAGGGGAGGAAGAGGAGAGAGAAAUCGUUAAAUCUUUUGGUUUACGUCUGUCCUGGUAGUUUCCACAUGAGACUGUCUAGGAGCGUACACACCUAUUUUUCAGCUUGCGUCUGCUUGAGGUUUUUUUGUUAUUGUUCACCGGCUGUAUUAACACCUACACUGCUUUAUCAAGUAACUAUUAUACACUAUCUGUGGCUAUGAUUGCGCAGCACUUUCUGUCUUAAUAACCUGCUUGGCAUUGUUUUCAGCUUUCCUGAGUCUUUUUUGUUUUUAACCAUAUAGGUAAAAUUUACUCACGUAACACAUUUGCUGUGACCAGAACAAACCUGUUUCAGAAGAAAUGGUUUUGAUUUCAAGAAUGAAUUCAGGGGAAAUGCUUUAUACUGAUUUUUAUCAGCGUUUUCUUGGGAACACGUUCCCAGGCAUUGAAAUUUGCCUAUGGUAUUGACUUUCAGAUUCAGUGAACAUUCUGCUGUCUCCAAGGAAAUGCAAGGCUGAGCAGGAUUUUCUGCAGAAGUGCUCCUGACUGCUCUAGCAUUAAGGUCAGACUGAAGAGGAAGCCAGUUCUCUCCAUCUUUCCAGUGAUCUGACUGGUGUCACCCCAAAAGCUGCCUGCUUCAAGCUCAACGUGACUCAGGAAACAAAGAAAAAUGCGUGAGACCACAGUUGGCACACCCAAGCUGUCCUAGACAUUGCUCCAACUCUGUCCUAAAAUAAGACAACGCAAAGGCUUUCCUUCUGUAUGGAAUACAGAGAGGUGCCUCUUUGAGGUUCUAACCCAACUAUUUCUUUUCUGAUGGUCUUCCUAGUAUUUCGUAACUAAAUCAACAGAUUCAUUCCCAGACACAGGCCCAGCAAAUGCAAAAUAUUACACUUACGUAGUUUUUAAACAAGGUAGUUGCUUGCUUUUCUAGCACUAGGAAGGGCCUUAUUCUGGAAGUAGAAUGCCUCUGCCUCUGUCCUGUAGUAGUUUUGCCAUCUUCGGAUGUUGGUGCCAAGGAGACCAAAGGAGCCAGUGAGCAGAAGAGGAAGAUUACAAAUCUGGUGAUUUCUGCAUUCAAAUGAAGAAAAGAAAAAAAAAAAUAAUACAGUGAGUACAGCCUCAGGCAUCUACGCCGUUUUUGCAAAACUUCCUGGUUCUGUGCAGCGUGCUGACUUUCUAAAGCAGAGAGAUUUGAGCGGCUGAGCUAAUGACGAGCAUCAACCAACGCAACCUUACGGCACGUCCAAGUGGCACCCACCUGUCUGGCGUUUCAUGGCGGGCUCAGGCGGCGGCUGGCUUGGCCGAAAGCUGGUGGGAUGUCGGCGUUCAGGCUGCUUGGUGGCUGGAGUGCUGCAGCUGGGGACAGCCGAGCUGCGUUUAAGUACAGCGGGGUUUUGCGUCAGUGGCUCCCCCAUGUUCUCCUGCAGAUGAUGGUGUGGGAUUUUUUUUCUUUUUUGAAAGAUUACAUCAAAAAUUGGUUCAAAUGCGUCGUCACUGAUUGUGAUCUAGCGUGCAGUUUCAAACUGACACAGAUGGUGUCCCACAUCGUCUAUUUGACUGGGAGUGCAGGACUCUUGGCUUAGCCAUCCCAUCUAAAUCCCUGGGAGCUCCAAAAUGUAGGACUUAGAACAUGAAUUGUGUUUUUUGUGGUUUUUGUAUUUUUUCCAAGCAUGAUGGAGCACGUAAGCACGCACCUGGGUUGUUGAAGCCAGCAACCAUCUCCUGCAGGGGCCAGUGUAAGAGUGGGCUAAUGGCAGUGGAAAAGCCACAAGAGGCUUCCAGAUGAGCAUAUGUAUCCCUCUGCUGGAUCUCUGUAAGACCCCAUCCCACUGGUGUAACACCCAGUGCACCCCAUCAGCGGAUGUCCAGGAUCCACCUCCUCAGCUCUCACCCUUCUCUAACUCUGCCGAACUUGUUUUCUCUGUGUCCAGUUGCUAAAAGGAGAUUCUCAUACACAGCAAAACAGAGAAAAAAUGUUCCUAGGACUCAGAAUUAUUUGGGGGUAUCACGGAGAGAGGUGUUUCUUUGUGCAGGGUGCUCUUUCAGACAAUGGUGAGUACGGACAGCUCCUUCCAGGUAGAAGAACCGUGCUGAAGGAGCGCUUGUUUGGAAGCACUGAAGAGCAGAGGGAUGCAGCUGCUUAGAACCCCACCGUGUGCUACGAGGUGUGUGGAUGACAUGAGUUUGCACAUGUAGGCACACGUUGGGCACCAGGCACUGCCCGUCCCCUUCCAGACCCUGCCACCCAUCGCAGUGGGGAUCACUCCUGGACUGUCCCUGCCACUACAGCAGUACAGGAGAAGCUUUCAGCUCGGCUUUUCCCCAGAAUAAAAUUCAGCCGCUGGCAAUGCUGUUUUAAAGAAUUUCCGAAAGUUUGACUUAAUUUUCUGCCGAACCGAGGGUAGUGGCUUGCCUGGUUAUUCCACUUUGAGCCAUGCCGCUAUCUCUUGGCGUGUGCAUGCUCCGCACAUCCUUUCCUAUCUGUGCAGCUGCAAUAAGCUGCCGAGCUGAUAAGGGAGCAGAUCAGUAUCCGUCCUGCAAAACCCAGCGCGAGUGGAAGUUCAGUGUUCCACCACGCAACCACCAGACACCACAGAGCAUCUGCAAUUUACUUGGUGAAGUUCUGCUGACACGAGCUGCUCUGCAAGCUCCCUAAAGUGGAAUUUGUCGCUAUCAUCUCCACACCUAUCGCUGGAAAAAACAGAUAAACCCCUGAGUGGGGAGACCUGGGUCUGACCUCAGACAGCGCUGGGGCUUUUGCCCCUGGGCUCAGUGACUUUUUCCAAGAGCGGGCACUGGUACUUUUAGCUUUGAACUUUGUUUUCCGAUGGUCUUGCGGUGCUGUGGCAGCGGUGCCCUCUGCACCAACAAUCGGGGUGCUUUUACUGAGCACAUGACUGCUUCCUCCCUGAAACUCGAGUGACUCUCAAGAUGUAGAUAAGUGAAAUGGCAAACGCUGUGCUGCAGGUCCUUGGCCAGGGGACGGGGCUGAUGCUGCACCUUGUAAAUGCCGCCCACUCUUUCCCUGGUGGGGAGCAGCCUUCAGAUCCCAGAGGGAGACCGGUAAAAGCCUGGGAUUUAUUCCCAACCUGCAGUCCCAUCCCACGCCCCCUUCACGGCCCCACAGAGCCCGGUCCCCAGGGCAUCGCGUCCCCGCCAUCUCCUAGCGACAGGGACGGGUGCCAAGAGCCAGAGAAUUCCUGGAUGGCGGCGCCUGGGCCCCGCAGCCUCUCGGCUGCUUUUCGGGAGCACCUGCGGCUCCUGGGCCUGCGGGACUUCCCCUGCGGCCUUGGCAGCUGGGUAGGGGCUGGGGGGCACGGUGGGAUGGGGUGGGCUCCACAGGGGGCAGGGGGUCUGUGGGGUGCUCACUGCCUCUCCCCUCUCCCUCUCCGCAGAACAAGUCCCGCUUCAGCGCACGCACGAGUCCCUCGGGGCAGGAGGAGGAUGAGGACCUGCCGCUGGGCGAGGAGAGCCCCCAGGCUCUGAUGGAGCUGCUGAGAGACCCGCACAGCCCCUGGGCCCUGCCACCGGGCUGCAGCCCCCAGGACCAGCAGCUGCGGGAUAUGGCUGUGCAGGUACCCCAGCUUGUCAGUGGCACCCGCAUCCUCCAGGUCUUCAGGUCCCUGCGGAUCGUCGGCAAGGACGUAGAGGAAGUCGACGAGGAUCUGCUGCAAUUACAGCACCUGGAGGAGCUGAUACUCUGUGCCAACCAGAUCAGCAGGGUAACCUCGGCCAACCUGCCCCGGACACUGAAGGUCCUGGAGCUCUGCUGCAACGCUGUGGCUGAUCUGCAGGAGCUGUGUGCUCAGCCCCCUCCGCAGCUGCAGCACCUGGGGCUGGGGUACAACAGGCUGUGUGGCCCCUCGCAGGACAAGUACCUCACUGCGGACUUCUGGCCAAAUCUCGUCUCCCUUGACCUGAGCUUUAACAACUUAACAGAGCUGCUGGAGCUGGUCUCCCAGCUCUCCAGUCUGCAGAAGCUCCGGGUCCUGGUGCUCCAAGGGAACCCUCUGGCUCUCAUUCCUGCUUACAGAGGCUUUGUUGUGGACGGCCUGCCCCAGCUGUCCGUCCUGGACGACAUCCACAUAGAGCCUGACGAGAGGCACCAGUUCCGUGGUUUGGCAAGGCAGCCAGAGCUGAUAAGAAGUGAAGCACAAGUGGUUGUGAGCAUUGGGAAGAUCAAGGGAGUUCCUGAUCCCAGCACUCUCCAGGAACUGGAGGUUGACACCAAGGCAGCGGCGAUCACCUACAGCUACUGCGUGACCUACGAGUUCGCAGAGGGAGAGGAGGUGGAGGACGGUGGCAGCGCUGAGGUAACAACAAUUCAUCAGAGUCCUGCGGUGGCCACCCUGGGUGUGGACUGCUCUGCAAGGGACAUGGGGGAAACAAAGGGCCAGCAGGAGUCUGCAGCCAUGGAGGAGCCCACGGCACAUGCUGCACAUUUGUUUGUCACCCCUGGAAAACCCUGGGCAGACACCAUUGACUGCAGCUACAGGAAGGAGCACACUGCCAAGGACUUGGUGGGGCUGAAGGGCUACCUGGCGGCUGGAACGAUCGUCUCAGUGGUAGAGGAGAAGGUACUCUCGUGGCCUGUUGAUGCUGACUCAGAAGAAGGUGCAGUAACAAACAAGAAGGCAGGACAGGGAUUAAAGAAAGAUGGUGGCAAGGGUCCCGUGCCCAAGGACAAGCAGAAGCAGAAGCAGCAGGAGAAGAAGAAGAAGAAGCAGCCGUGUGAACUCCGCAGCGACCCACCCAUUCGGAGGACCCUGGGCUCUAGGAGAGUGAGCCUGGAGGCCCUGCUGGCCACUGAGGACCUGGUGGCAACUGUGUGUGACUUUGGGAUCCUCAUCACCGAGCGGCCGCUGCAGCCACCGAGUCUGGAGGAGAAAGUGGACAAGAAAAAAGGCAAAGAGAAGAGCAAAAAACUGAAAGCAGAAAGUCAGGCCAGCCGGAAAACCACAGCGUCUGCCAAAGGUGAGAGAGCUGGAGCUGGCUGGGCAGAGAGCAGCGUGUGCAAGAGCAAACACCAACGGUUAUUUUUCCAGCACUCUUGUUUUGACUACAAAAAUAACAGUGCCAGCGCGCCAGAGGGGUAA